AUGGGCGUGGAGCCCUCGCUCACUGCCGGCGAUGGGCGUCAAGCCCUCGCCGACCCUUACCAGCGGUUGACUCUCGCUGGCCUUUCCCCAAGUCCAAUAUUCUUGAUCUGGAAAAACAAUGUGACAGAACAGAUGUGUAGUAGGAUUAGUGAAAUAAAGUACCAUGCCUUUGGUGGCAGACUAAGACUCGUGCCGAGGAUCCGAAUCACCAAGGCAGCGAGAAGAGUGUCGCCAGUUGCACCAAGUUACUCCAAGACCACAAUCACAUGCUGUGGUGCCCAGCCGGAGACUCUGAAAACCGUCCAGAGCAUCAUCGCAAAGCAGCUCUCGAUCGACGAAAGCACCGUAGCCCCUGAGACCAAGUUUAUAGACUUGGGAGCUGAUUCUCUUGACACUGUUGAAAUCAUGAUGGCAUUGGAAGAGAAGUUUGGAGUGUCAAUCGGCGAAGGAGGAGCCGAGAAUAUUGCAACCGUUCAGGAUGCUGCCGAUCUCAUCGAGAAGGUGAAGACAGCCUCAGCAUAA